GUCGAAGCAAGAUGGACCCGAUCAAGGCGCUGGACAUGGAGCAUCGCUCUGGUAUCUCUCAACAAGAGGUGGAGGACUUUGCCAAUCGUAUGGAUCUGAUCUCCAAGGCCAUGAAGGAUAUCAAGGACGGCACGUUCGACCCGCUAAAAUGCAACAUUCCUGGUUACAAGACGCCGGAGCAGGAGGAACUGGAACGUAAGGAGCGAGUUAAGCGAGAGGAAGAGCGUCGUAAGCGGGAAGAAGAGCGCAAGCAAAAAGAAAAACAAGAAGAACACGACAAUUGGUGGCACAAAGCAGAAUUAUGCUAUUCGAUGCGAGAUGCCGACAAGGACGAGGAAAAGGAGAAUAAAAUAAACAAGAGCGAGCAAUGGGCAAACCGCAUCCUGGCAGCCUACAAGACUCGCGAUGCCAACGACUAUUCAUUGUGGAAUCAAUGGGUACCUGAAGAUCCUGUGUCUCUACAGGAGAAAGCAGAGCGAGAGGCUGAACUGGAAAAGCUACGCAAUCGCGAGUUCGAGAACAACAACCCAGAGUUUUGCAACCAGUUCAAGAAAGACAUGGAAGAGCGACAGCGAUCCCAGGAGGAAAAAGCACGUACAGCAGACCGCUUGAAGCAAAAGGGCAAUCGCUUGUACAAGAAGAAGCAAUAUCAAGACGCCAUCAGAAGUUACAUGGAGGCACUGACAGCCGCACCCUUCAACGUGGCGGUGCUGGCCAAUAUCGCGCAGUGUUAUCUACGACUGGAUCAACUGGACGACUGUAUCGAGUUCUGCACUCGUACGUUGUACGUUGACGAGAACUACGUCAAAGCUCUCUCUCGUCGAGCUACGGCUUGGCAUCGCCAGAAGAAACUCAAAGAAGCUGCGGAUGACAUGCGGAAGGCGCUUGCGUUAGACACAGAAAAUGUUGACAUCGUUGAACAACACUCUAUUAUCGUUGGUGACUUUGAAGACUCCAUCACCAACAACGAGUUGGAAGCAGCAUUAAACAAGCGUGGAAAGAUGAAAAACGGGAGUCUUCCUAGUGUUUCCCUGGGUCCGUCAUCUAUUGACGAGCUGCGGUUCUCACUGGAAAUAUUCAAGAAGAUGGACGAACAAACAACUGCAGACAACUCAAGUACGAGAGUACAAGACGCCUGGGUAGCCUACGACCUCGUACUGCCUUUCAUGGAGAGAAACGAACAUGUUCGCGCGAAGUUCAGGACCUCCGGUGCGAUGGAUAAAUUAUGUGGCCGUAUUUUAUCUGCGUUUAACUUACCAGAAGGAGAUGAAGUCGACAAGUCUCGUCAGCAAGCUGAAAACCUCAUUUUGAGUGGCAUGAUCAACUGUGCCGCAGCUGCAGUGGCUGAUACUCCGCGUAACCAAGUGGUGAUGUUCCGUAACGUGGAAUUCCGGAAACAAAUACUGACAUUCUUUGGAGAUCUGAAGCCAUCUUCCUCUUGGACUAUUCAAUCUAGUGUCGCUCGCUUUCUAGAGCAAGUUGUAGACUCCAAGAGCUGGAGGAACGCCAUAAUUGCUGCUGACGAGGUGAUUUCUUCCCUCUUAGCAGCUCUAUGUUUUUCAAACAAUCUACCAAGUGACGAAAGAAAGUCAAUGAAGAUGGCUACAUCAAGUAUCUGCUUCACACUAAGCAGCGAUACCUCUGGUAUCCAGGCUUUUAGUAGUCAUGGAGUUGAAUGUCUUGUAGCCAUCACUAAGGCUCUAGAGAUGAAUAGCAGUACAGAUUUACUGCGCAAUGUACUGGGCUUCUUGACCAACUUGUCUACGGAUAAAAUACUGCGCAAGACUUUCGAAAGUGACAACUGCAAAGACACUCGUCGAAACCUUGUGCGAGUUUUACUUCAAAUUGCACAAAACGGAGAGCCUAAGGAUUUUACGUGCUCUGAACGAGCACUUGGUACGUUACUGAACCUCUCGUUCACUGAGAAUUCGCAAGCUCGUCACGAUCUAUUGGACUUCGGAGCUGUGGAGACAGUUGAGAGAAUCCUCAGUCAAGCGAAUCCUUCGAGCUUCAAUGACUCGAUCCUGGUCUUGUCACGCACUGCCAGUCUUCUCUGUCGGCUCCACUCUGUCUGUCGAACACAAGAUGAAGUAUUUGACCGUUUUACGAGCCCUGGACUGCUGUCGGAGCUAUAUACGGUGUGUGAACUUGCCAGCUCAAGUUUUGGUAAGAAGAUGGCUACAAUUCCGACUGAGCUCUGGCAGCUAUGUUCUCAAAUCUGGUGCCAUUUGGGCUGGUGCGCGCACCUCCCGAGUGUUCGUGCCUUCUUACGCGAGAAGAAUGCGGUGUCUCUACUGAUUCAAGUGAUCAAACUUGCAAAUUUCCAGAAUGGCUACAUUCGGCCUUCUGGCGAGACAACUGCGUGCGAACGACUUGUUGGGAAUAUCGUGAAGGUCUUGAUCGCUAUGCAGUCUGACAACGACUCGGGAGAUUCUCAAGUGUUUAGAAAGAAGGAAAGUCUCGUUGUAGUCGUGAAAGCUCUGGAAGAACUAUCCGAUGGACUAGCACGCAAGAAUGUAGCCAUUUUGUUGGCAAAGUUGUGCCAGAGUGAUUCACACGUGAAAGACACAGUCCGUGAUCUGCGCGGGAUUGAGAUGAUGCUGUCUGUUAGUCAGUCGCUUAAACAGCGUCCUACAGUCUUGUCUCGCUCGGCGUUAAAGUCAUGA